AUGGAUGCCAAAGAGGCCAGUGCCGGAGCUCGCAAUGGCUGGGUCUCCAAGGCCCUUUUGGUGAAAACGUGCCUCUUCGGCUUUGUCGCUGCCUCCCUGGCCCUUUUCUCCACGACCGCUUCCUCGCCACUGCCGGACGUCACCGAUGGCGGUGCGCGGCGCUUGGGCGCAGCCGGAUUGGCACCAUUGCUGGGCGAUGGCUCGGCAGUGGAUUGGUGGUUCGCCUUUAAGCUGACCACCUCAGCCUUUCCCACCUGCAGCGCCAAGCCCACGUGCGCCUUCGGAGGAAAGGAACAGACCGAUGGCAAGUACGGCUUGCAAUACGUCUUGUCCUAUGGCUCGAAGGGGAAGACCAACGCCAUGCAGCUGCACACGGAUUGUUUGGGAAAUGCGGAUGAUCCUUUGGCCAAGACCUUCAACCAGGUGUACUCUGGACAGGCGCCCAAUUUCGUGGUGUGGAACGACCAGUUCUAUGGCGACCCGGUGCUGAACACGAAACCCAAGUGCACCAGGGAGUGCGAAGCCCCCUGGGGCCACAGCAAAGGAGUCCUGGCCUGGGGCGAUGACGGCACUGGCUUCGUCUUGCAGGUGACCACCCCGGAUUGGCCGGGCGCAGGCAGCAAGGCACAUCCGCGGACCAUCAAUGGAAACACCCUGGGCUGCUGCUACAACGAUGACAACACCAAGGUGGCUCAGCACUUCUUUGCGUUGCACUUGGCGACCAAGGAGGACACCUUGGCGGUCCUGCAAUCCAUGCAGCGGGCCUCGGUCGCGACCGAUCCCAACAACCCACAGGUGGCCAAGUUGACCAGUGGCCCCAGCGAACUGCUGGACGCGGCGAAGCAGCUCGGGCAUCAGGUGAAGGACAUUGUGCAGCCUUUGACCCACACCAUGAGCGUGAGGACCAGCAAAAGCCCAGUGCAACUCUUGGCCAAGCCAUCAGGACUCUCUGUGUCGCCCUGGCACAUGGUGAGCUCCAUGCUGCAAACACCUUUGCGAACUGCCACCUGGUGGGCACAUCCAACGAUUCCAUCCAGCAAGGCCAAUUACAAGCCAGGAUGCUGGAACUCCGUGCUGAAGUCGGGCGGUGUACCUGAAGUGCAAGCAGCCAUCACCGGCCAGUGGGCUUCCAAGACAUUCAGCUUCAAAGGGGAGCCGACCACCAACGGCAACCAUGCCAAAGUGGCUCACAGUCUUUCGGGGAAGAACUUGGCGGUCUUUGGUGACAUGAACAUGCAGGGCGCCCUGGACCCGUCGGAUGGCGGCUGCGACUCCGCACAGAACGGACGGGGCGGCAUGUUCUUCGUCCUCGAGGACGAUGUGCUUCAUGAGGGGUUGAAGGCCCUUCUCACUGGAGAUACUGCUCCCUACAAGGGCGGUUCUGGACCGGGACCUUCCCCAACGCCACCAUCGCCUCCAACGCCGCCAUCGCCUCCAACGCCACCAACGCCACCAUCUCCUCCAACGCCUCCCGCGCCACCCAGCAGUUGCGGUGGGGCCGGCAUUGAUUGGAGGAAGUGCAAGGCCAGCGGAUGCAAGUAUGUGAAGAGCACUGAUGCCAAGAAGUGCCAGGUGGCCAAGUUUGGAUGCUAUGAUGUGAACCAAUUGCCUGAUGCCUGUAAGAACGCCAACCAGUUGGUUCGGCACGCCGCGGAUCGGAUUCAUCGGAGCUUUUCGCUGAUCGGAGGAUGGCUGGUUAAUGUGGGUCCCAGGGAUCAGGGUCUCCACGCGGACACGCGAAGGGCGUCCAACCCGGGAAACCUUCUGCGGGGAUGCGUCGUUCCGGCGUCGCAUCGCGCCGUGGAUGUGUUGGACCUGGCCGAAGAACGUGGCCUCCUCCAACGCGACGAGGCUCAAGGCUAUGCCAAGCGGUGGCUCUCGGGUGAGGUGAUGACAGAUGAUGACUCAGCGACGCCACUCGCUUUGCAGCGUGCCGUGCUGCUUCGAGCCUCUUUGUACCAGAAGCGCGCAGCAGCCAAAGCGCUGGCAGAGCUCUCUGGGCUGUAUUUGUGUGAGCUACGUCCACUGGAUACGAGGUCAGACAGAGCUCAGCUUUGUGCCUCCAAACUGCCUUUUUCGGCACUUUGGGGUCAAGAAGAUGGGCUUUUCGUUGGUGGAGCUGGCAGCGGCAAAGGACUUCAUGUGGAUCAACGUCCUGAGAGCAAUGUCGGCAAGCAGUGGCAGGGGAGGAAGCUCUUCGCUGCCUGGCCUAUCGACCAAAGUGGCUCUUGGGAGGAGUGCUAUGGCGAGCUCUUUGCGGAACCGCUGGAGGCCAAACAUCUCAAGGCACUGGAAGAAUCCACGCAACUCAUCCUGCUCGAGCCUGGGGAUUUGUUCAUCUUCAAUGGCCAGAUGCCUCACACCGCGCUUUGCUUGGCUGGAGACCUCAACGUGACCUCCUAUGAAGGUUUUCUGAGUCUCCAUCCAGAGCAUCUUCGGCAGUUCCAGUCUGUUUGCAACCAGUUCCUGGGCCCCUGGCAGCCACUGGCAGAGGAGUGGAAGCAGGAGCUGCAUGGCCAGCUUUGUGAGCUCCAAGAGGCGUGGCACACGAGCCAGAAGCUGUUGAGCCAGGAUGGUGACCGGCCACUGCCUGGUCUGGAUGAACGCCUCAUAGCAGCCUUUGUGGUGCUUGAAGAGGGUGCACAGUGCUGUGUGACCACAGAGGAAGGUGGAGAGGGCGACGAAGGGGAACUUCAUGGAGAAGAGGAACCUGCAGCACCUGCCCUGAACUUGGCGGAGAUCAUGUAUGGCGACUUCUUCGACCGGAACGAGAAGCAGUACGUGCAAGCGACCGAUCCCGCGAAGACGCAGCUCACCUUCGAAGAAGCUUUGGAGGAGUACAACGGCAUGAACGCCAGCAAGAUGAACCUGGUUUUCUUCAAGGAUGCUCAAGAGCACCUGGCGCGCGCCUCGCGGAUUAUCCGCCAACCACGAGGCAACGCCUUGUUAGUGGGUGUGAGUGGUGUGGGCCGGAAGAGCAUGGCUCGGAUGGCGGCCCAUAUGGCGGAGGCAAGAGUCAUCGUGCGGUUCUUCUGGGUCUGA